AUCUGUGAAUGAUCACAGAGGUCACAUUGUACAAGGCUAUUCACAACAGCCUUGUACCAUGUGACAGUAAUUCUCAAUGACUGCAAGAAUGCAGACAGAGAGAAAGAGAAAUGAUUGCUUUUACAUCCUAUUCAUUAAAGCUGAUUUACUAAAACUGGAGAAUGUAAAAUCUGGUGCAGCUCUGCACAGAAACCAAUCAGCUUCCGGGUUUUAUUGUCAAAGCUUACUUGAACAAGUUGAAGUAAGGCUGGCUAUACAUUAUACAAUUUUCUUUAGAAAAUUGCUUUAGAUUUAGCAAAAACCAUAUAAUAUGAGGUCAAACCUAA